AUGGUCUCUCAAGACGGUACCUUCCAUCAAGAAGGUCCUAUCCAUCGUCUGGCAAAGAGACGCCCAAGAUUUAUAGCAAGUUUUGACUUGAGCGCUGCCACCGAUCGGUGGCCCGUUCCAGUCAUAUAUGAGCUUAUGGCGUGCCUUUUCGGUCAAACGAUGGCAUCGUGCAUUGUCAAUGGUGCCUUAGCACUCAACUCAUGCUCUUUGAAGUCCGUUACUGGACGGCAUGACGAAGUUGUGUUUGUUGCAGGUCAACCUUUGGGUUAUUACGGCUCCUGGGCUCUAUUCGCGUUGUCCCACCAUGCUAUUGUGUGGUUGGCAGCAUUACGAGCAUAUCCUCAUCAGACGAGACCAUUUCUCGACUACGCUUUGUUAGGUGAUGACAUCGUCAUUGCCGAUCGUAGUGUGGCUAAGGAGUACCGUUCUCUACUUGAUGCUUUGCAAGUAGAUAUAUCUGAUGCCAAGUCUAUUGUAUCUGAGACGGGUUGUCUUGAGUUCGCCAAGCGGUUCUGGGUUAAGAUAAUGUCGAAGGACUUAUCCCCAGUAUCUGCGAAAGCUGUGCUUGAGAGCUACUUCCUCGUUGGUACUCAGCAGUUGGCCUAUAAGUACAAGUUAAGUCCUAAGACUUGUUUAAGGUUAAAUAAAGCUGGAUACCGCGUGCUAGGACAAAUGGACACUACACUAAGGCCCUAUCCCGGCGUUUUAGUCGGAUUCAGGCGUUAUCUAGUAAGCUUUUAGUCGGUCCUGAUCGGUUACCACUCGAGUGGUGGAUUGGAAGAGGAUUACCUCUCAGUCCCUAUCUUCGUGGUGUGUUAAUUGCAAGGAUUCGGGAUGGGAUGAAGCUUAAGCAGCUCACGCCCCCUCCCUUGGAGAUGUUCCUUUGUGGAGAGCCAGAAGCACAUAUCGCAGAAAACACCGCUUAUAGACAUUGUAUGAACAAUGGUGUGAGUACGUGGUAUGGUUUGACUUCGUUCCUCGUCGUGCCCCUUCCCACCUAGGAAGAGAUACUAACCCGCAGCUGCACUUGGUGCAAUCACAGCAGAAAACCCUUCUCCUAGACAUUCCUCGGGGGCAGACCACACCACCUCGGAAACAAACAAACAGCACAUGCAGCAACAGAGACAGGCGUUCAUCGCUCACUUACCUGCAUACAUCAUGACAACUUGUUCCCAUCUCACCAUGCAGAGGCGCGUAGCGAGUAACAAUCCGGUCCAUGUGCUGGCUUGGCAUGGAAGGCAACCCUUUCUUUUUCGCAGCGCUACGCGCCUCCACAUUCAGUGAAGAGAUCCCGGACAGGGAAGUCAGAAGGGCAGUUACUCUUCGGACCUAGCGGCCCUGCUUUAGCUGCACUUGGUGGUUCCCCGCUCGGGAUUUUAUACUGGAUUUUUCUUUUAGGGUUAGUGCAAGGUUGGCUUGUGCGAAGUCGACAGGGGUGGUUGAGAAACACGUUUUAUUGGGAUGGGGCAGCAGGCAAUGGAUACCGUUCCCCCACCAGAGCCUGCAGUUGGUAGGCCAAAUCCCUCUGUCCAAGUGAUUGAGUUGAAGCUUUUCAGAGAAAGGGUAAUUUCUGAGUGAAUCAAGAGAAGAUGCUCUAAAUGACCAGAAUUAGGCGCCCUAUCGCUACUUUGUUAUCUAAGGUCCCACAUCGAUCACAAGGUUUUUUUUUCAACGUCUUUGAUUAUUUACUUUCACUUGCACUACUAUGCUAUGCUACCACGGGGAAGUUCUAAAUGGCGAAAGAGAAUCCUUUCAGUCCAGGCACUCAGUGCAGUCCAGACGCUCAGGAGAAGACGGAGGUUAGGAAUGCUGAUUGGAACCAAUACGAUUGCCCAGAGGAGCUUUAUAGGUAUCCAGAGUCCCGCACAAGGAGCAGUUGAGACAGAUGCGGAAGAAGGUGCGGCCGAGACGGUUGAUAGAGAUGAUCCGGCAGGCGGAGAGUUUGAUUGCGACAGUCCAGCCUUUCAUACGAGAAAUGGCGGUGACCGUUUGCCCUAAACAAAUAUCUCAAGAUGUAACACAUAUGCCUUCUCGUAGAGCACUCCCAGAAGCUACCCUGAAGCCUGAUCGUGCUUGGAAAAGGCAUUUCAUUGACCGAACCCGACCCAUCCCACCGAGAGUGCG